AUGGUCGUCGCCAACACUUGCACCACCGUUGACGUGUUGUGGCAGGAUGGCACACGGCAUCAUGGCAGACCUUCAGCAACCCUCGUCCCCUUUGGGAUCGUGAAUGAGCAAGAGUUCUUCCCGGGACAGCAUGUUGUCGCGAACGCUCUUCCUAUUAAUGCUUCCGUUGACGCUACUGGUGAUCCUAAUGACAUGACAACUACUGGUGUCAAUAAUGACAAUGUUGCUCCUGGAACUAGACCAAUGGAGCGCGUGGGCAUCGUCAAGAGCUUGCAGUAUGAGGAUCAGACAGUUUGUGUGUCAUGGUUCAAGACGACAAGGCACCCUGACGAGGUUAAGGAGGUGGAGUGCGAUGACACCGUCAGUGCUUACGACCUAAAGAUAGACUCUAGCCACUCUGUUUACUAUGGAGAUAUAGUCAUUCGUCUCCUACCAUCAGGAUCAACCAACAACGGUGAAAGCACACCGUUGUUACAGGGAAAGAAGAAGGAAAAUGGUGUUGAUGCUGAUCUUUCGUGGGUGGGGCGUGUAGUUGAACUUCCUAAUGGGCACGUCCAAGUCAAGUGGGGUGAUGGUAGCAUGUCAACGGUAUUGCCCCAUGAGAUCACCGUCGUCAAGGACAAGCACUACAUGGAGCUAUGGCUUGAAAUGGGCGACUGGGUAGAGGAUGAUGGCACCGAUGAUGCACCUGAAGAAACGGCUGCUGCCAACACGGAAAUCAAUCUUCAGAAUCUAAAUAACGAUGUCGAUGAUGUCAACCUGGCAAUGUCGAGGACAAGCCUUUUAGGUUUCUCAUUCCAGUCUUUCCUCCAAUUGACCAGCGACGUGGUGGCUCGAGAUGUGACCAGCCAUGGUUUUGCCAAGGGAAUGAAGGAUGCAGAUGCUACCUGUUUCUGCGACGAACCGUUCUGCUUUCCAUGUUUUGAUGUACUGCAGAUUAGCCCUUUGGAUCACCACUACCUUGACACUACGGACAAGGAAAUGCAGGGCGCUAGUCGUGGGAAGAGUUGGGCCAAAACAGUGCAAAAAGAAUGGAAAAUUCUGGAGAACGGCUUACCAGAAACCAUUUACGUCCGAGUGUUCGAGGACCGCAUGGAUCUACUUCGGGUGGUGAUGGUGGGCGCGAGUGGGACACCAUACCAUCACGGCCUCUUCUUCUUCGAUUUGCAGCUACCUCCAUCGUACCCGGAUGCCCCACCGCAAGUGUACUACCACUCCUUUGGCCUACGCCUCAAUCCCAACCUCUAUGAGUGUGGUACAGUGUGCCUUAGCCUGCUAAACACAUUCGGUGGCGAGGACACUGAGGUAUGGUCGCCGACAACUUCAAGCCUGCUCCAAGUCGUUGUCUCCAUCCAGGGCCUCGUCCUUAAUGACCAACCAUACUACAAUGAGGCCGGCUAUGAGACAUUGGUUGGCAGACCAGAGGGCCACCGCAAUGCGCUACCCUACAAUGAGAAUGCUUACCUACUAACCCUUCGGACUAUGCAACACCUUCUUUGUCGGCCACCUCGGGGAUUUGAGGAAUUCGUCAAGGAACACUUCCGCCGUCGGGGAAGGUUUGUGCUCAGGACAUGCAACGCGUGGCUGCAGGAAAAUGUUGUCGACGAUGCCCAUGCCACUGAAGCGACUAGGAAGCACCCGUGCUCCACUGGGUUAAGGCUUGCACUCACCAACGUGGCACCGAGCCUCGUGGCAGCCUUCGCAAAGCUCGGCGUCGAGGGGUGUGAAGAGUUCCAGUAG